AUGGAGACCAGUACACCCCCUACCCAGGACGUUGAUAUGGUUCUUUCAGUCGACGAGAACCAACCACCCUCUCAAGCGCCAGCACGACUUGCUGUGCGCGCCCAUCGCAGGUCAAGCACACUACGGAAAUCCUCGGCCAGCUCCUCGCGCCGCAGUUCAUUGUCCUCGAUUCAUUCUCGUUCCUCUGGGCUCUCGAGUCAUGGAGGUCCCAGCAGUACCCAUGUGGCCCAACAUCUUCGACGAGCCUCUAUCAUCGAAAGCAGGAAAGCCCGACUGGCAGACAGAGCCGCGCAUGCGGAACAGGUCAGAUUACGAGCCGCCGCCGCCAAGGCAUCCCAGAGGGCUUCCUAUAGCGAAGAAAAGGCUUUGGCUGCACAAGCAACACGGGAGAAGUUGCUGGCGGAAAUCGCUGCGCGAUGUGAGGAGGAGGUCAGACGGGCCAAAAGGAUUGCCGAAGAGACCAAAGAAAAGAAGGCUGCCGAACUAGCCAAGCUACGGGAAGAAAUGGCCGAGAAGUUUGAAGAGGCGGCACGGCGGAAAUCAAUGUAUCAGCAGGGUUUACGGAGGUCAAGGACCAGCUCUCUAGCAGCCGUUGAAGAGAAGAAGGUCAGCCCGCCAGUGUCGAACCGCUCCGACAGAAACUACGCCGCCAAAGUGAUUCAGCGUGCCUGGCGGAGAUGUCGAAGCCGGAGGAUCUUACAGGGUUUUGCUUCUCUUGGACUCGAUUGGGAUCGUGCUAGGGACCUCUCUUUCGAGGACCUAACCCGUUUGCUCUCCGCUGAACGGACAAUGAACAUCGCUGCCACUACCCUGAGACAUCUCGGCGUGGUUGAAGACCCUAGUGAAGAUCUAGGAGUCGUCCGUGUCUUCCUCAGUGCCUAUAUCAUACUGGCACAUCCAAUACAGGCUUUCAGUCAUGGUGGCAAUGAGCCUCAGGAGCAGGAACUUGUGUCCAAAGCCGGCGCUCUGAUCAAAGCCUUUGAGCACCACAUUAAGACUCUGUCUUCGUCACCGAGAGGCGAUGCAUCUGCUUCCAGCAAAGACUCUUUGCUUUUUGCUUUCAAUGACUUUAGCUCGACCUUCCAUGCAUGGAAGAGUCAGGAUUUGGGCGUAUUAAUCGACAUUAUGGUCAACUCGUUUGUCAACCUUGACCUCAUCUUGCAAGCAACGAAAAACGACCACGAGGGUCACGUCGCCCAAGAUUAUUUGGAUGCCGUGCGUCAAGAACAGGUCAAACUACUGGCGCGGCUGAAGAGACUGGCCGGACCAGAACAGGCACUUGCGACAGUAAGGUCGGCUGUCAGACGGGCCCGCAAACAACGAGCUGCCGCUCAGCCCGCAAAAGAAGAAGAACAGGUCCCCCGAGCGUCAACGCCUGUGAACGAAAGCCUGACCGCUCCUCAAGGGGCGCCUUUGACGCCGCCCGCCACUCCACUACCAUACGGCCGCGAGUCUGAAGGAAAGGGCGCGUCAUUCGCCGACAGCCUCGGACAGAUCAUGACUGUGUUGCCUUCGAACCGCGAAAUCGCACAUGAGAUGCUCAUCAAUGGCAGUUUUGAGGUACAGCAGCGGCCCUGGACCGACGUCCGAAAGGAUCUCAUGGAGACUCUCCGUUCGAGCAUGCGUGCGAGCAUGCAGGAGGGAAGUAACGAAGUGGUUGCGAGGUGGACGCACGCUAUGGCCGUCCUCAUACGCGAGAAGCUGAUGAAUCUUGUCAGCAGGAGACAUCCUUUGUAUGACAAGAUCGACGGCCUUCUCGAUCCGGCCUUGAUCAGCCAACAGUGUCGGAACAACGUGUUUUCGUAUGAUGCCUUCUUUGACACCAUUUCGAGCAUGAUUGCGCAGAUCUGUUCGCCGGGUCGUGACGAUAUGGUGAAGGCUUUUGCUUCAAAUACAACCAGUGACACCAUUGAUCGAUUGUUCGAGCUAAUCAAUAUUAUCGACCUGAUGACCCUCGAUCACAUCAAUUUUCAAUUCAGACUAGCCUCACAAUCCGUGCUUGAGCACGGCCACGAGCACGAAAUCGCCUCGUUUGAGAAAGAUCUUCAAGAAGGGGUGCAUGCCCUCGAACGCACAAAAAGGUGGUGGGCUGAUGCACGGUCAAGCACGACAUCGUCAAAUCCAAGUGGUAGUGUCGUAUAUGCCAGGGGCCUGACGGAUUUAGUGCUACGCAAUUCACAUCUGUCGUCGCACGAUGUCCCUGAGACCCUGCAACUCGACCAUCUCCGUCUUCUCAAGCUAAGAUCUCGGGUCUUUCACAUGAUAGCUACGGCCUCGAUCCUUCUCACGACCAAAAUCCGACUCCGGCGAAAUAGAGAGUCAUCCUGGACAAAGGACGCCGAACGAUUGAUGUCUCUGGACCUACUGACGACUGACUGCCAUCGGAUUGUCUCCUUGCUCGAGUCAUCACACAUGAUGCCCGAUGCGACCAAGGAAGGCUUGUCCAACUUUGUUGGUCGCGUUCUACCUCCUGCUGUCGCCGCGGCCCAGAAUGCAAACACGGCGGAGCAAGCCCGGCAAGAUGCGAUUCACAACCAGUCUGCUCAGGAAGGGUCAGUGGCCGUGGAGCAGGAGCAGAAGAUGGACUCUGGUGACGUCUUCAGCGAACAGAUUGCUAGCUUCAUGCUGAAAUCGUUGCGUGAGCAUGUUUUCGCCAGGUUGUCUGCCAGCGGCACCGCCGAAAGAGUGCGAACGACCACCGGUGCGGCCGAGAUUCUGGCCCGAGUUGGCAUGCCGGAGUUUUUGGGCGAGGUCAACCGGAUUGUGGAUGAACUUGAAAGGAUCCGUGCCGUGGACCUCAAGUGCCAUGGAAAAUGGUAUGACCAGAUUGCGACUGAGACAGCUCAAUGA